AUGGUUCUCUUCGUCGCUUCUACGGAAUCACACGUUGAAAGAUGGUACUUCCGAAAGAUUAAGCGCAUAGAAGCAGAAAAGAAGUUACUACUACCAGAAAACGAACAUGGAGCAUUUCUAAUCAGAGAUUCUGAGAGCAGACAUAACGACUAUUCUCUGUCAGUUCGUGAUGGAGAUACUGUUAAGCAUUAUAGAAUACGACAAUUAGACGAAGGCGGAUUUUUCAUAGCACGAAGAACUACAUUUAGGACUCUUCAAGAGUUAGUGCAACACUACAGCAAUGAUGCAGAUGGCUUGUGUGUUAACCUUUGCAAACCUUGUGUGCAGGUGGAGAAACCCCAGCCUGAAGGUUUGUCUCACCGGACCCGAGAUCAGUGGGAAAUUGAGCGAACAUCCUUGAAAUUCAUUCGAAAAUUGGGUCAUGGUCAGUUUGGAGAAGUUUGGGAAGGAAUGUGGAACAAUACCACAGCUGUCGCCAUAAAGACUCUGAAACCGGGGACUAUGGAUCCCAAGGAUUUCCUUGCCGAAGCACAGAUAAUGAAGAAAUUGAGGCAUCAGAAACUGAUUCAAUUAUAUGCUGUAUGUACUGUUGAAGAACCCAUUUACAUCAUCACAGAGUUAAUGAGAAACGGUUCUUUAUUGGAAUUCCUACAAGGGAAAGGAAAAGGGCUGAAGUUAGCGCAGCUGAUAGAUAUGGCUGCUCAGAUAGCAACAGGAAUGGCAUACUUAGAAUCUCAGAAUUAUAUACACAGAGACCUUGCGGCAAGAAAUGUUCUAGUAGCUGAACCACACGUUGUCAAGAUUGCAGAUUUCGGCCUGGCCAGAUUAAUUAAGGAAGAUGAAUAUGAGGCCAGAGUUGGAGCAAGAUUCCCCAUAAAAUGGACUGCACCUGAAGCUGCCAACUAUAGCAAGUUCUCUAUAAAAUCUGAUGUUUGGUCAUUUGGAAUUCUUCUAACUGAACUUGUUACAUAUGGACGGAUACCAUAUCCAGGUAUGUCAAAUGCUGAAGUUCUGCAUCAAGUCGAACACGGUUAUAGAAUGCCUUCACCACCUGGUUGCCCUCCAGCACUGUACGAAAUCAUGCUUGAAUGCUGGAACAGGGAUCCCAUGCGCAGGCCUACCUUUGAAACACUUCAGUGGAAACUUGAAGACUUCUUCACUUUGGAAGGGUCGGAAUAUAAAGAAGCAACAGGUUACUGAGGUCACGCCCACCCCCCUGCCGAUUGGUUGCGUAACUCGAUAGAGGUGCACUACCACUGAUAGGGAGGUGGAUAUCUAUUUAUCAAUUGACAAUAGAUAGAUAUGCCGUACUUUUUCCUUCGUACUUUAUUUGAUAUUCUCAGAACGAUACUUUACUAGUUUUCCGUUCAGCCGAUAGGUCUAAUAAAAAUAAGAAAUCUACUCAUUUGUUAAGUGCUUUUUUUCACAUUUACAUUGACUUACUUCACAGAGUGAACACUCAUAGAAGGUAGUUUUUGUAAAGAUAUUUUUCUAAUCUUUCAGAUAUAUUUUUCAGACUUGAAUGACUCAUAUGCUCAAAAAUUAACAGCUCAAUACAUCUUAUCGGUGAAAAACUAGUAACUGUCUGUGAGAAGAAACUAGAUAUUAUUCAGACUCUUUACUUUGUAUUUCAAUUGCUGAUAAAGAUUUUCUCUCCGUGUUUUAAAAUUUACAAAAUUUUUCUUCAACUUUUUUGAUUUUUUACUUGACCUCAGAGAUAUUCCGAAACUAAUGUAUUUAUUUAAUUUAUUUUUAGUGAAUUUUCUUCUCUUUUCUUUUUCAGUACAUGCAACAAAGACUUGUACAAAUAUUCACUGAAUUGACAAUUAUGUCAUAUUUCAAUUUAGAGAUCUUAUUGAGGAAAUUAAAAUUUUCAUAAAAAAUAAGAAAAUUGUUUUUCAGAAAGUGGUUUUCUUUUCUUCCUAUAUUUUUCUACAUUGAUCUCACAGAAAAUAAGUACUUCACUGGUUAAUAUUUUCAGACCAUCAGAUUUGAUAAACACUUAUGCUAAUUAGAUCUUGAUGAAAUUUCUGACUGAUUUUCAGUUUGAACAGUGACGAUUUUCACUGCAAAACAUAAAACUUAAAGAUCAAUGAAGUUAUUUGCAAAAACUAUUACAUGAGAGAAAUUAUGUUUCUACCUGGUUUCAUUUUGAUAUUUCUGUUCAGUUUUCAUUAUGUAAGACUAUAAACUCAUAUUUGAAGUUGAUGCCACUUGGAAUAUUCCUAUAGGAGUUAUAAACAUAACUAAUUUAGAUAUUGAGAGUGUCAGAAAUUAUACUUCAAAUAACUGAAAAAUUUGAUUUUUUUUUUAGUUUUCCAUUUAAAUUUAAUGCAGAAACGAUCAAUUUUAAGCUUUCUCAAAAUUUCCUAAUAAAAUUGGGCAAUCUUAGAUUGGAUAUCCUGAAAUGUGAGUGGCUUUGUAUCCUUAUCGCUUUGUGCUGGCAUAAAACGUUUCUAAAACGCACAAUUUCCUAAUAGAACUGCCAAAUGUUUAGUGUUUGGUGUGAUGUAAUGAAAUAAAUAAAUAAAAUGUUCGACAAAAUUUCUAUGGGAUAAUGGACAGUGCGCCUGCUCGCCGAUCAGGUACAGGGGACUUUCUUACUUUUUCACCCCAAUGUUCAAAAGCACAAAUGUUAUCUAAACUUGAAGUCCCCAAUACCCUAACAAAACUAAGAGUCAUUAUUUAGUAUUACUGUGUGUGAUUGUGGCUUUGAUUAAAUGGAAUAUUAUCUUUGUUGCGCUACAUUCCUGUGAUAAGUAGAUUAUAUAAAGGGUGUAGCAAACUUGUAGGAACAGCUGCACUCUAUGUAUAAUUUAUUUAAAACUUUUUUCUUCGUUUUCCAUUCUUGUGCCGUUAAUAAUGAAAGGUUACUAUUUUUUAAACAACAAGAAAAAUUAUUUUCUGAAUUUUUAUCAAUUUACAUGCAGAAUUUUUUAAACUGUUUCCUGUAUUUUUAACGAAUUAAUGAUAUAAUUAUGUUGAGAACUCUGAAAGGCAUUGUUUGUAGUUAUAGACACAUUAUACAAUAUUUUUUGUAUCAUACACUGUAGAUUAUAGUUAAUAAAAUAAUUGAGAAUAUA